GAUUUCCAAUCCGAUUUUAGUAUCGAAUAUAAAAUUAUUUGGAACAAAAUCCACGCAUUAUAGCCAAUAAAGCCCAAAAGUGGCCCAAAUGAUAACGGGCUGCACAUUUUGCAAGCCCGUUUGAAUCUAAGCCCAAACAAUAAGCAAACACUUUGUUUAUUGAAAAAAAUAUUAAAUAAUAAAAUUUGAAAAUAAAUUUGAAAAAAUUCAAUUUCUUUUGUCGAAGAAAAACCAUGGAAAUGGAGCUCAAGUACAUUUCUCCCUUCUAGAAGACCUGGUUUCCAUCAAUGGCCGCCGUUAUCUCGUACCCAUCCACCAUUUCAGCACACUCUCCGGCGAAGUUCAAUUUUAAACCCCCAUCCCGUAAAACCCAUCUCGUUUCUCUUCAAUACAGACCAAUUCCCACCACAAAUUCAAAAUCUCUGCUCCCAUUUCAAACUCUCUCUCACCUCCGCCGUCACCAAAUCACUGCAACACAAUUCUCCGCCGACGAAUUUCUAGAAUCAACCGACAACGACGAGUCCUUACUGGUCUCCGACGAAAAGCCAGCGAAAUACCUCCUUUGGGUACUGUUGUGUGCAUCUGUGUCCAUUUUUUGGUAUGCAUUUUCCGGCGAGGCUGAAGCAGCAGCAGCGGCCGUUGCUGCCGCCGAUUCAAUUAGGGCUUCGGGCUUUGGGGUUAGGGUUGCUAAUGCUCUGCGGCGUUCGGGCUGGCCCGAUGAGGCGGUUGUCUUUUCGUUGGCUACACUUCCGGUGAUUGAGCUGCGCGGUGCUAUUCCCGUCGGUUAUUGGUUACAACUGAAGCCAUUAACGUUAACUCUGUUGUCUGUUCUUGGGAACAUGGUUCCAGUGCCAUUCAUCAUACUAUACCUAAAACGAUUUGCGAAAUUUCUCGCUGGAAAAAACAAAACUGCUUCUCGAUUUCUUAAUAUUCUAUUCGAGAGAGCUAAAGAGAAAGCGGGCCCCGUAGAAGAAUUUCGGUGGCUUGGUCUAAUGCUAUUUGUGGCCGUGCCAUUUCCUGGAACCGGAGCUUGGACUGGAGCCAUCGUAGCAUCUGUAUUGGAUAUGCCGUUUUGGCCAGCUGUCACGGCAAAUUUCGUCGGCGUCGUAUUAGCUGGACUUCUGGUAAAUUUGUUGGUAAAUCUCGGACUUAAAUAUGCUAUUUUUACUGGUUUGAUUCUAUUUGUUGUCUCCACUUUUAUGUGGAGUAUACUCCGCGGUCUGAAAAAGUCGUUGAGUGCAUCAUAAUUGAUGUAAUAAUUGGGGGAAAAUAUUAUGUUAGUUGAUCUUAUUAGGACACAUUAAAUUUGAAAAAUAUAGCUAGUUUGAAAUUCGAAUAGAAAAACGUUAAGAUCGUGUGACCUUGAUUCUCGAGGCAUGUAAAUCGUGUUUUAACAUAAUCAUAUAUGUGGUUUGUGUUGAGAU